ACUCUUUGCGCACGAGACAUACGGAGAUAACGUUUUUCUAAAUGAGUAAAGUCUGUUUGAUAUACAUAAUUUACUUUGAACGUUGGUAUCCUUUUAUAGGUUAUGUGUCAAAACUUAUUUGGAAGUACAUAUUGAAAUAAAAAUUAAUACUUAGUAUAAAAUACUUAGAAAUAAUGCUUGUGUAUUUUAAACUCAGUUUAUGAAUUUUAGAAUGAAAAUAUGGACAUAGAUCAUGGUGUAACAGUGAAGAUUUUAUUUUUUGCUAAAUCUAAGGAGUUGGCUGGCAUCAAGGAAGCAACUGUAAGACUACCUCAAAAAAUAAGUUACCAGCAACUCGUAAACUACAUUGUUGAUAAAUACAACCUCCAAACUAUUAAGAACAACAUAUUACUGGCUAAGAAUGAACAAGUUUGUGAUCAAUCUGAUGAUUUAGAGAUAAGAGAGAGAGACAAUAUAGCUGUGAUUCCUCCUCUGAGUGGAGGCUGAUAUAAUUGUUAAUAAAUACAUUAAUUUUGUUAAUUAAAAAUGGAUCAUAUUAAGUUGACUAAUGAUAAGCUAUCCGUUGAAACAAUAAGUGAUCUUGUAUUAGAUGACAGCUGCGGAGCUACAUCCAUAUUUGUUGGCACUACCAGAGAUAACUUCCAAGGUCAAAAGGUGGUGCAAUUAGAGUAUGAAGCGUAUGAGCCAAUGGCAUUGAAGGCAUUGAAGGCCAUCUGUGAUGAAAUACGCGAUAAAUGGCCAGCUGUGCACGAUAUAGCCAUAUAUCACAGACUUGGCAUCGUUCCUAGUCGCGAGGCGUCCGUUGUGAUAGCAGUGAGUAGUCCUCAUCGCCUCGACGCCCUGCAGGCUGUCUCUCACUGUAUAGAACGGCUUAAAGCGAGUGCGCCCAUAUGGAAGAAGGAAGUGUAUGAUACCGCCGCGCCACAGUGGAAGGAGAAUGCAGAAUGCACGGUUGAAACAUCAGCACAUUCAUCACCAUUAUCAUUGGAUACCUCUGAAGCGCCCAUAGACAAAAAUCUGAUACAAAUUAACGUGUCUAGUGAAGAGUUACAAAAGCGCAUACAAAAUUUUAUAGAUAGGAAAAGAGGACAAGUGAAUUUGAACAAUAUUCAUGAUUUCAUACCCAAUAAAUGUGAGAGUGAGACAGAAGAGACUGAUACGUGCGCGAGAGUGAGAACGCAGUUCGUUAGGCGGAGUGAUUCGAAAGGUCAUUUGAAAAUACGCAAAGUGUGCAACGAGUGGGGUCCGCAAACGGUGCACAGUUUCGACCCGCCGCGCGAGGAGUCCGACCCGACGCGAGCGGACGGCGGCGGUCGCGGCCUGCCGCCCUCCAUAGCGGAGCGGGUGAUCGCCGUCGAGAAGUACCUGAACAUACAGUCCGUGUCUAAGGACGUAUUCAAACGUCUCAAGGAUAUGGAGGACACGAUCGCGCACCUGCAGACCGUGUCGCCGGAGUACGCGCAGUUUUGGAAAAAUAAACCUUCAUGUGAGGAAGCGAAGCCAGAGUAUUCUAUGGACUACGCAUUCUCUGCGGACGACAUAGCAAGGAAAAUAGAGUUGUUAGAGAGCCAAGGAAAUACCUAAUCUAUAAUGAUUUAUUGAUAAACGCCUAUACAAGAUGUGCAAAUUACACUUAUGGACACAUAAACGGACAAUAGAGCAUUGUCUCAUUUGACUGUUUGUAUGUAAAUAUUAGUUAUUCCCACUAUUGAUUAGUGUUAACAGAUGGCUGUUUGUGAUAUAGUAUAAAUAAAAUUUUAUUCUAUAAACUUU